UGGCUUCAAGCGCUGGCUCGAGAACAACUGCCUGCCCCGCGAGGCGUGCACCCAGGGAGCGCCGACCGCUCGCAGGGCUGCCCUAUGGCCCCGUCGUUCUCCGUGCUGCCUGCCGCAGGCUUUGCGCUCGGCGCCGCCUGCGCGGCCCUCGCCGCUGGCCGCGGCUUCGUGGGCGCCCCCGCCACGGGCGCCGCCGCGGGCGCCCACCUGCGCGCCGCGGGCCGCCCCGCGCCGCAGCGCGAGGGCCCGGCGGCCGGGCGCGGCGCGGCGGCCGGCGGCGCGGGCGGGCUCGCCGCCCUGGCGGCGGGCUCGGUGUUCGCGGCCGCGGCCUCGCGCGCGGCCGCGUGGCGCGCCGCGCGGAGGCGGAGGAGAAGCCCGCCAAGGCGAAGAAGGCAAAGAAGGAAUUCGAGAUCGAGUUCAUCCCCCGCCCAGAGGACGGAGAGACCUGCUGGAGUCGCCUAAGUUCCCGAUGUUCAUGGGGGGCACCAACGGCUACAUGUCAAAGGGCACCCGCGAGCGCCACGCCAUCACGUGGACCGCCAAGGAGGCCUUCGUGUUCGAGAUGCCCAUCCUCGGCGUCGCUGUCAUGAACAAGGGUGAGAACCUGUGCUACUUCAGGAAGAAAGAGCAGUGCAUCGCCCUCGGCAAGCAGCUUCGCAAGAUGAAGAUCGAGAACUACAAGAUCUACCGCCUCAAGAAGGAUGGACAGGGGACGGCACCGUCCAGUUCAUGCACCCGGCCGACGGCGUGUUCCCCGAAAAGGUGAACAAGGGCCGCGUGCAGGUCAACGGCCGCCCCUUCAACAUCGGCCAAAGCCCGAAGCAGGUCGAGCUGAAGUACACCAAGUACGACGAGAAGACCUACGAGGCAGACCAUCUGACCACGUUGUUCGUCAAGGCCCGUUGCGAGGCGUUCUCCGACACCGAGAACCUGUACGCCCUGCCGAACACCGGGCAGGAGGAUUCCGCCUCGAAGGCGGCCACGGCCGCCAUGGGCGGCAGCCUCUGAGAGCCCGCGCCGCGCCCCGCGGAGCGGCGGGCGCGGUCACCGCCAAGAUUGAAGUCGGCCGGCGAGCGACGGCACGGUUUUUAGAGCGAGCCUCACGGCUCGGGGGGGGAGAAAGAGAA